GUCGAGCAUGGACGAAACAUGAUUAUGUAACAGUAAGUACCAUCUUGAAAUAACACAAGAUGUCGGUCUAUCGCUACUCGGUUUGGUUCGCAAAAGGUCUCCGAGAAUAUACCAAAGGAGGUUUCACAGCAGCAGAUAAAUGCUUCAACCAGAAAUCAUUUACAGACGACUUAGCAGCAGCAUCGAAGCGCUCUUUCAUGAUCACAGGCGCUAAUAGUGGUAUAGGGAAAGAGACUGCUCGAGCAUUAGCUAAGUCCGGAGCUACUGUUCACAUGGUUUGUAGGGAUGAACAGCGCGGAGAGCAAGCGAGACAAGAGCUCUUACAAGAAUCAGGCAAUCAAAAUAUAUAUCUACACGUGUUAGAUAUGUCCCAGCCCUCAAACGUUUGUAAAUUUGCUCGCGACUUUGCUGCUUCAAAUCGGCCAUUGCAUGUCCUAGUAAAUAACGCGGGCUGUAUGGUGAACACUAGGACGAUAACGGAAGAUGGGCUGGAGAUGAAUUUCGCUACGAAUACACUAGGGACGUAUAUACUGACGAAGGAGUUGCUUCCCUGUCUGACGUCACAAGAAUCGCCUCGAGUUAUCACGGUGUCAUCAGGUGGAAUGUUGCUGGUGAAGCUAGAUGGCUCUGACUUCCAGUCUGAGAGGACAUUUGAUGGUGCUAUGGUCUAUUCACAGAACAAGAGGCAACAAGUAGUAAUGAUGGAGAGAUUUGCUGAAGAUUAUCCUAAUAUCUUUUUUGCAUCAAUGCAUCCAGGUUGGGCAGACACCCCAGCUGUCCGUUCAUCUAUGCCUGACUUCUACCGACGCACCAAGACCAUGCUUCGCACAAGUGAACAGGGUGCUGACACUGUAGUGUGGCUGUGUGUGUCUUCAGAGCAAGAAAAGCUAAAAAGUGGGGGGUUUUACCAAGAUAGAAACCCUGUUUCAAAGCAUUUGCCUUUAGCUUGGACAAAAUCAUCCUCUGAAGAUGAAAAGUCCUUUAUGAAGCAAUUAAAUACUAUUGCCGAUCAGUUUCAGGCAAAAUUGUAAUCUGAAGAUUUGAUUUUAUAGUCAAUAUAUGAUCUUUUUUUGCUAUGAAUUGUUCUUCAUUUGUCAUCAUCAAAUGACAAAUCAUUAGUAGAUCGCAUGGACAUGUGGUUAAAACUUGUGUAAUGAAAUGUUGUACAAGAGCUUGAUUUUUAUUAUGAAUUGACAAACGCUUUUAUGUGUUUGUGUAACACCAGAAACCCUAGUCUGCUUAGCAGCAGCCCUUUAUGUAGUCUUAUGAUAAAAAGGCUUGAAUACAUACUACUUGAAAGUGCUCAUGUGUUGUAAUUCAUAUGUGGGCGUGUGUGUAUUUGAGAUCUUGUAUGUACAUGCAGGUGGCUAUUUAACAAUUAUUCCUUAGGCGUGAAUGGGCUGGAGGUUUUAUAUAAUGGGUCAACAGGUCAAUGGUUUAAGGAAAGGGCCAAGUGCCAAAUGGAAUAUUGACUCAGCGAUAAUGAGGACGAGAGGAUAACUGUUUUAGUUAAAAUCGAUUUGGACAAAGGUGACUUGCACUAGGAAAUCACAUGACUUUUUGCUGAAAUGGCUGCGCCCGCCACGCUAGAAGGGAUGAAAA